AUGCUGGAAUCUUGCAAUGUCGGCGUCCUUGGUGGCGGCCAAUUGGGCAGAAUGCUCAUGGAGGCUGCAAACCGUCUGAACAUCCGAAUGACCAUCCUAGAUUCCGAUAACGCCCCUGCGAAACAAAUCAGUGCGCACAGCGGACAUGUCACCGGCUCCUUUGCUGACCGCGCGUCGGUUUGCAAGCUCGCAGAUGUUUGCGACAUUAUUACUGCGGAGAUUGAACAUGUAGAUACCUAUACGCUUGAGGAGGUGGAGGAUCAAGUCGAGGUGCAACCCAGCUGGCAAAGCAUUCGAAUUAUCCAGGACAAAUUUGCCCAGAAGGUUCAUUUGUCCCGCUUCGGUAUCCCGAUGGCGGAAUACAAGGAGCUGAAAUCUAAUACUGUGGAGGAGCUGGAGGCAAUUGGAGAAGAGCUGGGCUAUCCACUCAUGCUUAAAUCAAAAACUUUGGCGUACGACGGCAGAGGGAAUUACACUGUUAAAGCAAAGUCAUCGGUCCCAGCGGCACUCGACUCCUUAAAAAAUCGGCCGCUUUAUGCGGAGAAAUGGGUCAGCUUCAGAAUGGAGCUGGCUGUCAUUGUAGUCAAAACCAAGGAUGGAGUUCUAUCUUACCCUACCGUCGAAACUAUUCAAGAAAACUCAAUAUGCAAACUAGUAUACGCGCCCUCCAGAGGUAUAUCAGAUGCCGUCGACAAGAAGGCCCAAGAGCUAGCCAGGAAUGCGGUUGCGGCAUUUGACGGCAAAGGCGUGUUCGGGGUUGAAAUGUUCCUCUUGGAAGACGAUUCGCUAUUACUCUGUGAACUUGCCAGCCGCAUCCAUAACUCGGGUCACUACAGCAUCGAAGCCUGCCCCAUGUCGCAAUUCGAAGCACACCUGCGAGCGAUCCUUGACCUCCCCAUACCCCAACAGAGCCUUAAAAUCCGACAGCCGGCCAUAAUGGUUAACAUCCUAGGCGGCACUACGCCAGACUCACAUCUCAAAGUCGCUGAGCGCGCUCUCUCAAUUCCAAACGCCAGCAUCCAUCUUUACAGUAAAGGCGCUGCCCGCCUAGGACGGAAGAUGGGUCAUAUCACCGUCACAGCACGCACAAUGAAAGAAGCGGAAACUCUUGUUGAGCCCCUUCUCGAACCCACAGAUACCAUAGUUGCCACAUCUGCGUCUCCCAUGCUUUUCUUCCCGCCCAAACCUGCCUACACGCGACCUAAACCGACCAUUGGAGUAGUUAUGGGUUCUGACAGUGACCUGAAGACCCUAAUACCGGGCCUCAACCUUCUAAAAUACAACUUCGGCAUCGAACCGGAGGUUGACAUUACAUCCGCGCACCGUACUCCCGAUUACAUGGCGGAAUAUGCAUCGACAGCAGCUUCUCGUGGUAUUAAGGUAAUUAUCGCUGCUGCGGGGGGUGCUGCACAUCUGCCCGGCAUGGCCCGCUGCGCAUACCUCGUUACCAGUGAUUGGAGUGCCGGUGAAGGGGAGUUCGUUGGAUGGAGUUGA